AUGGCUGGUAAGUCUGGGAAGAAACAAGUGCAAUCUAAUUUGCAGAUAUUGUCAAAUCUAUAUAAAUUAACGGUCCCCACGAUCGUGUUGACAUUUCUAAGAGUUUGGUUCUCAUCGGGAUCUCUUCUGAAAUGUACUCUAUCACAAAUCCCGAUCUUACUUUGUAUUUAUACGAUAGAUAAGUCAGGAAGACCCAAAUUUGACGUCAAUGACCCCAGAAAAGUUGUCAAAUAUGGUAUUGAUUUGUCUGAUACAGGUACUUUAAUCGAAUAUCUAUUCGAUAUCAUAUAUCUUUCUCUGUUGGGAAAUGUGGGUGUCAUCUUAUUUGACACAUUCAAGUUUUACUGGGUCUGGAUUCUUUGUCCAGUAUACCUUGCCUACAAAGGUUACUCUUUAAAACAACAGUAUUUCCCUAGCAAACCGAAGACGAAGAAGUCUCACAUAGAAAAUGAAGAAGAUACUAGUACCACGAACGUUAAAUCAAAGAGACAAUUAAAAAGAGAGAAAAAUGAGAACAAGAACGGCAGUCAAGUCAAAUACAAAUAUAGGUAA